GUUUCGUAAAAGCACCUAUCUAGGCCUAAUUUACCUAUUUAUGGUUGCAGUUGUUAGGGUUUACAGUAUCUCAGGUUGUAAUCGACGAUGCACAUCGCCGGUGCCUAUACUCCUACACUACGUUGUUCCUACCUUUACAGCUUUUGUGUGACACAUUGCGCGAGGGUGUAGACCGGUGAGACCGGUGUAGACAGACGGCAACUGUGACCGCAAUAGUGAGAACUGGUAACUUGCUUUGGGCCACUCCGGACCGGGCCAUUCCGCCCGCCCUGCCUGUUGAGAGGGGAGCUCUGGCUCACCUUGCGGCUCAAUAAACAGCCAACCACUGGCUAUUAUCACAAUUUCUAGCAUUAUAAAUAAUUGCAGCUAAGUCACCGACCAAAUUGAGGCUCGGCAAACCUGCAAUUCGUCAGCCUAGUCACAAUCACGGCGAAUUCGCAGCUGUUAGUGGUUGGCUGUAUUCUCGAUAUGCAUGUGCAUACGUUCUGUACCACACACCACAUGCACUACACGCAGCAAUGCAGUUCGUGCCUCCCGAACCCGACAGCCUUGUUGAUUAGAUGGAGGCGCGUGGCGGGAGGGGGAAGGCUGAGCUGGAAUCGAAAGAUAAAAUGGAGGCAUUUCCUCCUUUCGCUCGGAUUGGGGAGUAGACUUAUUUUCACGAUACAUCAAAGCCUUAUUUUGAGUGCAGAUUUGCCUAACCAACUGCUCGCCUCAACUUCUAGUCAUCGUUUCUACAUUCAGAGCAUAUUUUCAGGCCUAUAGCAAUGGCUCACUACUUGUCAUCAAUGACGCCGGAGGAGGAGAUUUUGGGCGAACUAAGGGCCAGGCUUUAUGAUCUUGGUGAAGCCCGGGCAUACGCCCCUCGAAGUUCUACAUUAGAAUUGUACCAGCUUUCCCUCUAUGGAGGAACUGGUUUGAGAAUCACCGACAUAAUUGUGGAGCUAUUGCGCAACCAGCUGCAUGCGACCAAAGAGUCAUCCCGUCUUCGAGAGCAUUGGACUGCUUGCCGGGAUAACCUCCUUAAGACUCUCAGGACACCUUGGGGCACAUGUGCUGCCAACACGGGCAGUCGGAAGUGUCUGGGCGGAUCAUCGGGUUGCGAGAUGUGUCGCUACAGCAUCCUGUCGAUUGCAAGCCAGCUUAAUACCCUAACGCUUGGAUUUGCAGGGACGACAUUUGCUCCUGAGGGAACGUACCGGGAAGUCCAGGGGCAGGAGAAUGAGUCUUCCCCACCCGACGACAAUCGACCCUCGAAGUCUGACUUAGAGGCUGUCCAAAAGGAGCUAUCAUCAACAAAAUCGAAGCUUUUAGAGGCAGAAGAGAAUUCAAGGUGCUUGGAGAAGGUCCAAGAACUAACCCAGGAGGAACUGAAGACGCUAAAGACAGAACUGGAGGAAGCCAAGAAGGAACUGGAAACGCAGAAGAUAGAGCUGGAUAACGCCAAGAAGGGACUGCAGACGCUGAAGAUAGAGCUGGAAAACGCCAAGAAGAAAGCCAGCGAUCUCCGAGGGAGUCGAGAACAAUUUAGGACAGCGUAUCACAACAUGGCAAAUAGGACCAAUGAAUGUAUCAGAGUCCUAACAUCCGACAAGGGGAACUCAAAGACGAAAAAGGAUACCAUUUUAACGGCUACGAUGAGAAAGGAUAUUUUAACGGUCUCCUUAGAACUUUACGAUGCUCUAAACAAGGAUGUGACCUCCCGGCUACAGGCCUUGCCAAAGCAGCACUCUUCAGAUGAAGAUACCAACCGGCGUACAGCGCUCGAGCAGGAGGCGCUUGGGCACCAGCAUGGACGUGUUAAGACACUGAUGAAGAUGGACAAACACAAAGAAGCAGAAGAGAUCGCAAAAAGAGUCCUUUAUGACAGACGUAAACACCUAGGAAAGGAUUCUGAGAAGACACAAGACAUAUUCAAAGACUACUGCGUGAUCCUCGAAAAAGGCAUAGGCGAAAAGCUUAAUGCGGUAGAAUGGGAAUACCUGCAAGUCUGGUUCGACGACAGCCUAAUGGACGACAAGUUCAGAGAUGGAGCCGGUAUCAGUCUAGCUCUACUCAGUCAGAGGCGCGAUCAGAUAGAUGAGUCGGCCCUAUGGUACAGAAAGGUGGCCACUCGCCGGCUCGCUAGGGAUGACGUGAAUGGUGCGGCGAACGCUGCAUUGGAAAUGGUAGCCGCACAGAAGUCUUUCCACCUCAGCUCGGAAUCGGUGGAGACGCUAAGGAAGAUCUGGGGAAAGGCUGCUGAUAUCAACUUGACCGACGACGUUUUGUCAUGUGGCCAGGAGUUAGGCCAGUUCUUCGUCAGUGUUGGGAAUUAUAAAGAAGCUAAAGAAGUUCUCUUGGUCGUAUGGAAGGCGCUGGAGAAACGUAGCGGCAACGAAUACAUCAACAGGUGCAUCAAGACCGCGUUGACUUUAGUAUCCACCAUCGGUCAUCUACCAAACGACGACGGCGGCGAUCUCGAUGAGCUGUACAAAUCUAUAGCUAAACUAGCUGAAGAAAAGGGUAACAAGAAGAUUAGUCUUCAGCAUCAAUACCAGCUAGGAUUAGCUCAGCUUAGUCGCAUGGAAACCGGAGACUCCGAGAAGACGCUCAAGGCAGCUUGGGAAGAGGCGAAGGCGGCAGCAGAACUUGGGGUAAAUAAUGUACUUACUAUUCAAAUUGGCUGGAGCUAUGGACGAGCCAUUUUAUCUCAACCUGGCCGGGACGCCGACGCGAUGGACGUUUUCCGACUUUUAUGCAAGACGGCACUUCUGCCUAUCGGGCACAAGAAGGACGAUUCUAGGCCCUUGGCACUGACCGUCGCUAACCUCACGAUCGGUCGCUCCUACGCCGAGCUGCUGAUUGCGGACGCGGAGGCGUGCAAGAACGAGGAGAAACAAAUGGCAACAUACAAGUCGGCGAAGGAGACACUGCGGAUGGUGUGGAACGAGGCAAGUCCGCGUGUGAACAAAAUCCUCGGGGAUCGGAACUUGGAUGCCCUCACGGACCUCCUUUGGAUUGGGGACUCGUAUGGUGAGUGUUUGACCUAUCUCCGUGACCCGUCAAAGGCCAUCACCGUGCUCACCGAGGUGUUUAACUUGAGGAGCAAGUGGACAACAAAUACCAGCGAUAUUGAAACAACUUCUGAGCUGCUAAAGGAAGCGCUCGUAGCACAGUCAAAGCUGAAGUAUGCGGAGAGUGCUAAAAAGGCGACGGAUAAGAAGGUGGUCGAUGAUGCGGCAAAGGCAGGACAGAAAUCAGGAGGUGAUGUCCCUCAUCUGUCGCCUUCAGGGCCGAACAGAGAGAGGGCUAAGUCGCCAGCGCCACCAGCGCAACCAGCGCAUCCAAGGCCCAAGCCUCCGAAGGCUCGAAAGCAAUCACGUAGGGUCGGGUUGUUCAGGUAUUUUGCUGGAAUUCAGGGAUGAAGUCCAUAUAUUUGGACUCUUCGUGGCUGGGGGAAUUACAGUCCUAUCGGUUGUUCUUGACGGUAGCAUACCACGCAAUAGUAGCUAUUGUCGUCUUUCUCCACACCUCCCAUUCCCUACUUUGGAUAGUGAGAGUUGUUGCACUAAUAAAACAGAAUCGUAUCUCACCAGGCUAGGAAUUCUACAUGCGGUAUUAGGCAACAUAUUUAGUUGGGAAUAUUUCCCGGACGUCAUUAAUCCCCCAUUCCAAUACUACAACUCUGUAUCAACGAAAGCUUAGGG